UGAACAAGACUCUGAGAAGCUUUCAUGAAAUUGACUUUUUAAAGAAUGUGUACCAGGAUUGGCGAUGAAACCUGUUUUACUAUAUUAUAAGAAUUUUAAAUUUGUAUUGACUACGAGAUAGUCAUUAAAAGAGAAGUGAACCAAUUAAACUGCGUAAUCUAGGGAGUGAACUCAUGUCAGCCAAACCUAACCUCUCUCGAGAAUUUCUCCAGGCAUGUCAAGCCGGUGAUCUGCUAAGAAUUAAAGCACUUACUGUUGAAUUUAGCGUUAACAAUUGGACCGUUCAUCGGCAGGUCGUUUCUGAUGACACCCCACUGCAUUUAGCUGCUCGAGAAGGUCAUUUGCAUGUCGUUAAGCACCUUUGCGAAGGAUGGAGUAGACCAUCUUACAGAGUCGAUGUCACAAAUAAUGAUAUGAAAAGGCCAUUGCACGAUGCAGCACAAUUUUCUAGAAGCGAUAUAUUGAAGUACCUAAUUCAGCAAGGUGCUUAUGUAGAUUCGUUGAAACGGGGGGAUUGGACGCCACUUAUGCUGGCAUGUACAAAGAAAAACACGAAAGCACGUGAAUGCGUCGAUGCCUUAUUGAAAGCAAAUGCGAACCCAUUUAUUCGCAAUAAAGAUGGUUGGACACCGUUAUCUCUAGCUUGUCGAACCGGUGAUGUAGAGGUCAUUAAAUUGCUACUGGAUCGCUUUCCUGAGAGUAUCGAUACUAGGAGUAAUAAUGGCCGUAGUGUUUUACAUAUUGCUGCAUUCCAUGAUUGCGAGAGCACGAUCAGUAUUCUGGUAGCUAAGAACGUAAAUCUGUUAAACUGUCGUGAUUCUUCUGGAUCUACUCCGCUACAUGAAUCUGUAAAAAGUGGAUCAUCAAAUGCAAUGAAACUUCUGCUGAAACUAGGUGCCGAUGUUACAUCUGUUGACGUUAUUGGACAGACUAUCUUACACGUUGCUGCAUUAGUGGGAAACAUCGAAGCCAUAGACUAUAUUUUAAGAAAUAAUUUAAUUCCAGUUAAUGUUGAGGCACACUUUAACAUGACACCUCUUACUGUGGCACGUAGAAGCAAACAGGAAGAUGUCGUUAAUUUAUUGCUCAAAUUUGGAGCAAACAGAUAGAUGUCCUUUCUUCAUGGUGAAAACUAGAUAUAGGAAGAAAGGGAACGAUAGACACUUUGAAUAAAUUCAGACUGUUGUAUUCAGAGAUUGGUACACAUUUAUUUAUUCAGUUUCUUUAUCAGACAGUCUUAGAGAAGCAUACAAAAUCAAGAAACGAGGCGCUCUCGCGAGUUGAAAAAUAUCUGUCUUACGUUCUUGUUGCUUUGAGUUUUGGAAAUGCACAAGUAGGCGAUGAAGUACGAAUGCGCGCUGCUUGCUCGCAAAUACCAAAGGACAUUGGACUCCGGAGUCCUGGUAAAUGUAUCAUACAAAAGAAGUCUAUUAUCUGAA